AUGUAUGAUUCUACUGAACGGUCUCCCUUGACGAAUUCUAUUUUACAGUCAGGAAACACAGCUGAAGGCUACAAAGAGGAAGAUUCUUACCAGGCUCAUAACCAGAAACAAAAGCAGCAGCAGCCACCACUUUCAGCAGGGAAUUUUCCUGAACAACAUCAUCCAAGUCACUUUUCUGAGAAGACUGCCCAAGAACACACUCCUGUUAAGGUUCCUUCACAGCCUUCAGCUAAUUGGGUUUCUUCAAAACAGGAUGAUUGUUACAUCACUCCCCAGAAACAGUUGCUUUUACCUCCAAAGAAUAACCAUCCUGGGCGAAGCAGUCAAAGUUCUUAUCAAGAGCCACAGCAAAAUUCAGCCACGGGGAAUAUUAGUUAUGAGGAAUUUAGGACGAAAGAGGAACAAGAAGAAUGUAAUUCUUCAUCAAGAGAUCCCAAGACAGGAUUUCCAAAUACCUGGCCAAAAGUAUCACCUCCUCCAGCAAAGGUUACUUCUCCGCCGGUAGAACAACCACUUCCAGCAAAGGAUUUAUCUCCACCAUCGAAUGAAGCUUACCCCCCAACUCUUCCAAGGACCGUUCUGCCACCUUCUCCUCCUCCCCGUUCUUGUAGCUGUUGUAUUAUCCUAUGA